UGGGGGCGGCCGUGCGCGCGCGGAGCUUGCCGGGAGCGGGCGAGUGCGCUGGGCUGCGGCAGGUGAAGCCCGAGGGUUGCGCGGCGCCGGCGUCCAGUGAGGGGAUUCCCGCGGGCUCCACUUUCUCGCUCUGCCCCGGUACAAAGAAUUUUACGUGAACGAUUUUGUCAUCAGAGUCCACAUAACAACUUAUUUGGAGUUCAAGGGCAAUAUAAACAUUUAAUUGAGCUAUUAAAAAGAACUGCUAUCAAUGGAGAAAGUAACUCUGCUCUUAUUAUUGGACCCCGAGGAUCUGGAAAGACCAUGAUUGUUUCUACAUAUUCCCUCGAUGUCUGGUGAAAGAUUGAGGAAUGUGCAUCAAUUCUGACCCAUGCAUCUAUAGAAAAGUCCAGAUAUUAGAUGUUCUAGUUCAACUUUUUUUAAUCUUUAAUAAACCAUGCUUUGAAAGAACUAAUGGAAGUAGAAGAAGUGAGUGAAAAUGUAUUACAAGUUCAUCUAAAUGGAUUGCUGCAGAUCAAUGAUAAAAUUGCCUUAAAGGAAAUCACAAGGCAGUUAAAUCUGGAAAAUGUAGUUGAAGAUAAAGUUUUUGGGAGCUUUGCUGAAAACCUUUCAUUUCUCCUUGAAGCUUUAAGAAAAGGUAAACGGACUACUAGUUGCCCAGUGAUCUUUAUAUUAGAUGAAUUUGAUCUUUUUGCUCAUCAUAAAAAUCAGACACUUCUCUAUAAUCUUUUUGACGUUUCUCAGUCUGCACAGACUCCAAUAGCAGUGAUUGGUCUUACAUGUAGAUUGGAUAUUUUGGAACUCUUAGAAAAGAGAGUGAAGUCACGAUUUUCUCACCGGCAGAUACACAUAAUGAAUUCAUUUGGUUUUCCACAGUAUCUUAAAAUAUUUAAAGAACAAUUAUCUCUACCUGUAGAAUUUCCAGACAAGCUUUUUGCAGAGAAGUGGAAUGAGCAUGUUCAGGGUCUCUCAGAAGAUGGAAGUGUGAAUGAAGUACUGCAGAAGCAUUUUAACGUCAGCAAAAAUCUGCGAUCAUUACACAUGCUACUGAUGCUUGCUUUAAAUCGUGUGACAGUCUCGUGCCCAUUUAUGACUGCAGCAGAUCUAAUGGAAGCACACCAGUUGUGUAGCAUGGACUCUAAAGCAAAUAUUGUACAUGGUCUCUCUGUCUUGGAAAUCUGUCUUAUAAUAGCAAUGAAACAUUUAAAUGACAUCUAUGAAGAGGAGCCCUUUAAUUUUCAAAUGGUCUAUAAUGAGUUCCAGAAGUUUGUUCAAAGGAAGGCCCAUUCUGUUUAUAAUUUUGAGAAACCUGUUGUUAUGAAGGCAUUUGAACACUUACAACAAUUGGAAUUAAUAAAGCCCAUGGAAAGAACAUCAGUAAAUGCACAGAAGGAGUACCAGCUGAUGAAGCUUCUUUUGGACAAUACUCAAAUCAUGAAUGCUUUGCAGAAAUAUCCUAACUGCCCUACAGAUGUUAGGCAGUGGGCAACAUCUUCUCUAAGCUGGUUAUGAAUGUAACCAGUACCUUCAAAUACAGAGUUUUGGUCAGAACAAAAGACUGUCCUUUAACAUGUUAAUUCCAUUUUCUUAUAUUUAUAAAUAUGUAUUUUUGUAUUUAUGGGUUUCUGUUAUACAUUUAGAAUAAUUGUUGUUUUACCUUUGGGUUAUGCGUAGUUACAUGAUUUAUAAAUACAGUGAAUUAGGUUAUAUUAAAAAAAAUAAGAAUUGUCUUAAACUUUAUGCUCCUUUAGUUAGUGGAGUAUUUAUAUGGUGGUACUCUUGAAGAAUUCAUGUCAGUCCAGCACAAAAAAAAGGAGUAAUGUUAAGAAUUGAAUUAUAUAAAUUCAAUUAAUUAAUUCAAUUAAUUACUUAAUUAAUUCAAUUCAAUUACUUUGGCUUAUAAAUUUCAAAUGUACCUCAAAGCUAGAUCUUCUGGUUACAUAGACUGACCCAUUUAGCCAGAAAUGACUCACAUGAAGAAACAAGCAAAAAAAUUGAAAUGAUUCCUUCUAGAUUUCUCAAAAUGUGAUGCAUGCCAAGCUACCCAAGAAUCUCCUGUAUGGUCUUUUUAAUUUUUUUUUAAUGUAGCUAAUUAUGCUCAUUUUGGCCAAACUAAAUCAGAAUUCACCCAAACAAGCCCUUUAUGAAAUUCUUGGAAUAUAACUACUACAAAUAAUGUGAAGUGUUUGGCAAUGUUAACUAAGUAAAUAGUAUUAAGUAAUUCUGAGAUGGAUAUAAGGCUAAAUAGCAUUAUUGCAGUUUCAAUCCUCUUAACUUUCUAGGGCCCUGCGAUAUCUAUGUACUCUUAUUUACAAGUGAGAAAAUAGAUUCAUUUAAAAAUGAUUGUCAGGCGCUGGAAUUGAACUUGAAUUUAAUCGACAUUAAAAAGCCUGUGCAAGCAAUAGGCCUUGAGUUUGCGGUCCUGGUGGCCUUCAGCCUCUCCAGGUCCUAGUACAUGUCAGAAGGCUUGUGGUCCUCUGAGCACUGCUUGAAGACCCCACCCUCCACCACCACCCCUUCCCACCGUGCCUUUACUUAUACUUAUCUUUCAACACCUCUAUGAAGAGCUAAGUUCAGUAACAUGUCCUUUGCCCUUGUUUUAAAGUACUGCUGUAAAAAAUGGUUUAUCUGUUUAAGAACAUGAAAGUAGCUCUUUCAGGUUUUGUAAAGCCAUUCUUUUCCUGCCUUCUAAAGUUCUCAUCACACUCAUUUUACUUGUUCAGCAGUGUCUCAUUAAAACUAAGACUUGCAAACUGUUUCUACAUAGCAGCCUACACAUAUUAUUUUGCAAAAUACUUAAUAUGGUAGCAUCAUAUCACUGGAAGCAAAGAUCUCCACUUGCACUAUACAAAAAAAUAUUCUAGAGGACCAGAGAUUGCCCCACAGGCUGUAGUGACUGCUUGGCCGUGCAUGGACCCCAUCACAGAACAUAAGUCAGGAAAGGAGUGGCCUCUGAACACCAUGCCGUAUGUCCCAAAAGCAAAACAGAAAUCUAAGCUGUUCUGGGAAAAUACUAUCUAUCUUAAAGGUGGUGAAUGAUAGUAAAAGAAAUUUUGUCUUCAAAAUUCAUGUAUAUACACUGAAAACCUAAUAAGCUAGGUUUUUAUUUUCAAUGAAACAAAAAAGCAAAUCAGAAAAAAAUGUUAGUAAAGAUUAUCUGCCCAAAAUCGGACACCAUUUUUCCUCUUUAUCUUUGGGCCACACCUAGCAGUGCUAAGGAUUUACUCCUGGAUCUGCACUCAGGAAUCAUCCUGGUAGGUCUCAGACCAUACAUAGGAGGUGCCUAGAAUGAACCUGGGUCAUUAGCCUGCAAAGCAAGCAUCUUCCUUACCCAAAUAGAGCAACCAAUGAGCAUUUUUGGAGUGCCCCCAUCCCAACACCAAGCUGUUUAAACCAGUAAAAAUUAAAAGUGGAAAAGAAAAGCCCUAGUGAAAAACAUCUGAGUAAUACCAACAAAUAUGGCUUAAAUGUUGUUUUGUUUACUGUUGAAGAAAGUUGCUUUUUAAACAGCACAAACGCCUGAACUCCUUCUAUCAGAUACCCUACUAAAAUCAGGAUCCUGCUAAGGGGCUAUCGAAGUCUUCAAAGGACUGGAGCACACUGCUUUGCAUGCAAGAGCCCAAGGUUCCUUCCUCACCACUGUAAGGUCCCACUGUGCCCCCACCAGAUGUGGCCCAAAAACAAAAAGUUCCCUUCACACAACGGAUUUGUUGGCCUUAACAUGCUCUAUCAUAUAUACUGAUCAUGUGCUAUUUAUUAUCAAUUUCCUCAGGAACCAGUUCUCUGCAGAAUAUAUUGUGGAAAACUGUAAAAAGACCCCAUUUGGUUUGCUUUCUAUAUGGAAAGGAAUGCAGGUUCUUUUGAGACUUAAGUUUAGCCCCUUCACUUUCACUCUAAAAAAAAAUUGGAAAUUCAUUAGUGUCAAACCUGACAGUGUAACAAUGGGGGAGCUUUCCCACCGUUUUUCCUAUUUUGUUUUAAUUACAGGAUAAAAGCUUUGCAAAAUUAAACAUACAAAAAGGCUAUUGCCCUCAGUGUGGAAAUACCAGGGGUCUUCCCCUCAGUAGACUAGUAUAAAUUUGGGAACUUAGUUUUUGUCUUAUGAUGACUAUUAGCAGAGACAAAUUUUUCUAUUGCCAUACCAAAAGAUACCUAAUUCCAGCUAGUCUCCGACUUCCUAAACUGGUAGAAUCAAGAUACAUACUUUAGUGAGACUAGCAUCUUCUUAGACAUCUCACCAUUUUGCAAAUCUUACAAAGUAUAUAAGCCUCAUCAUAAGUUAACAAAGCUAAUACUCCCGUCUUGAAGAACAUAUAGCUAAAGAAUAAAACUGCAUAUGCAAAUCAUUCCAUAUUCAUUUUUUUAUUUAAUGGGGAUGGAAUGGGGAUACCAUACAUUUUCUUUGUACAAUAUUUAACAAUCACUUACCCAAGGUGGGGUUUUAAUGGGGCUUUUUUUUUUUAGCUUUUUGUUAAAUACUUGCAGAAAAAAUAGCAAGUACAAUUUGACAGUAGUACAACAACCUGUGCCCAAAACACUGACAAGAAAUACAGAAUAAAGCUAAAAUAAUUGCUUACCAAUAUUUUGAGAGGUAACAAAUAGGAUAUGGGUUGAGACUGCAUAAAAAAUGUACUGCUGGUUGAGUAUCUGAGGUAAAUGAUGUUCAAUAAAAAUGCUACUUGUAUCAUUUUGCCCAUAAAUCAGUAAAUAAUUUUAUGCACAUUAUAUACCAAAUAUUCCUAAAAAGUAAUUUUUCAAAAAGGUAAAAAAGAGAAAUUGGAAAAUAUCUGUGGUGAAGCUUUUUUUUAAAACAGUAAUCAGUAUUCCACUAAACUAUCAUCUGGCCAGAGUUUUCCCUUACUUACUUAGGGAUGGGGAAAAUGGAGAGGAGAUUCUUUUUUUAGUUUCAUGAUACAUGGUUCUAUUUUUAAAUUCCAAACUUGUUGGCUGCUUUUCCUGAUUGUAUUUUCAGAACAUUACCAUGAAAGAUAGUGCAAGUUCAUGGACCAACAAUUGUGAGGCACAGUCUCUGUUCUGGAAUUCACAAGGUACCUGUAAUAAACAUUCAAACAAGAAUCACACAUCACAUGCUAAAAACUUCCUAGCAUCUAAAAUACAUACAAGAGCUGUGCAGGGCAUAGACUUCGAAUAAAGCCAAACACUGGUUACUCCAUCAGUCCUAUGGCAGUUGGUCAUAAAAUGUUCCUUACAUGGAGAUCUGGGCAAGGUAAAGAAUGUGAGUUAGAGCAGCAGUUCUGAUGGGUAUCAGAAAGGCAAAUACAAGACAAGUCAUAAGAAGCACCAUACACAUGAGGAAAAAAGUAUUGGGGUCUUGGGUUUACCCCCAAACAAGAGCCAUCAUUUUUCCCGUUCUUUGAUCUUUCUUUUUUUUCACUAUCCCUAGCUCAAACUUUUAUCUUGCCCACCCUGCACUGACUGUAAACCAAACAUGAAAAUGCCCUGCAAAAGAAAGUUUUAACAAGACUAGGUAUCAGGACAGGUAGUCACUGGAACAUUCUUACUUGACUGCUUAUAAAAGUAUUUUUAUAUUAAUAUAGUUCUCAAAAGGAUACAGGCUUUUAAAAUUGGUUAGCUAGAGUUAAGUACAAUACCCAGGAUUUCUAAAAAAUUCUUCUAUCACGAAGAGAAAACUUUAUCUCGUGAAUAACUGAUUUAUAAAAUUUCUCUCUAGUGCUCAUAAGCCAAACAUUCAUCACAAUAUUCCUUGGUUUUGAUUUGAUUUUAACUUAAAAUAACAGGGUCAAAUGUUUAAAAACAGGUAGAUAAUAGUCUUCAGGAAAUGAAUAAUUUCCAUAUAUGAACAUACCCAUUAUUUCCCUUUCUUGAUUAGUUUCACAAUAGAAUCAAAACCAAAUCAAGAGAUUGAGGAGCCAAAUACUUUUUAAAUAAAGAGGUGAGCUCAAUAUUGAAAUGGCAAUUCUUAGGAACAGAAAAAAACCUAAGUAUAUAUGUGAUCAAGAAUAUAUGGUUCUGUAUGAGUGUGACACACAGAAAACAAUGCUAUUAUUCUCCCUGCUCAGUCUGUUGACCUACAUAUUAUUUAUAAAUAACAUAACUUAUUAUUCCCAGAGAUUAAACUUAUAUAUAAAAUGUAGUGUACUGUGUGGUUAAAUAAUUAUUUGAAGAUAACACAU